GCCGUAUCGAUGUGUCGUGCUCUGACUAAAACGAUAGUUAUUAUCUAACUGACGGAAGAUCGGGAAUCACGUUCCCAUCACAGAUGAUCUAAGACUUCAUGACGGAGUCCAUUUGAGCCUAGUCCGAGGAGACAAGGACCGGAGAGGCAAGGCAGACGUGAUCCUGGAGAGAACAUGCCGAUGGUCAGCAGGAAUUGAUCGCACCAUCGAUUGAAGUUACCGGAGUUGAUGUCAAUGCCGAUGGUGACGUGGGUCCGGAUGUUGAUGACGGCAACCGCCUAGGCAUGCAUGUUCAGAAGGGCCAGUGCCUUGUGUAACAGCAUGGUGGAGUGGAGGUCGAGGGGCACUGGAGCGGUGCCGAAAGACUCCGCAUCGGUAGAGGCAGUGAUGGUGGCACGCGCUAGGGCCUCGCUAGCGCGCUGGGCUGCAGCGUCAUGGUCCUUGGUGGCGACCGCGGCCUCCUCUUUGGCCUGAAGGGUGCACGCUAAAGCAGCGUCGCGCGUGGCCUAGUGCUUGAGAUCAAGGCGCUAGGCGGCAGCGGCGGCCUCACUAGCCUUCUCUUGGGCGAGGCACUGGUUGAGCUGCUCGACUUGGGCGGCGAUGAGGGAGGGAGUGGUGACAGUAGCAAAGGCGGCAGCGACCAAGGCAGCGUCAUCUCCAGACUUCGGGUAGACGGGGGGUGGCUGGCAUGACGGUGUGCCACAGGGAAGUGCUGGUGCUGGGUUGGCGCUGCACGCCGAGGAGCCGGUGCGUGAGAAUAGGCAGCGGAAAGAAAAGACCUAGGCUGUUGAUACCAUGAAAGUGAGUAUGGCUCAAGAAUUAUAGUAGAUUGAGUCAUAUGUGUACAGAAGGGUACAAUAUAUAGGCAAGGAUCGUGUAGGGUUUAUAGUGUUAACUAUGAAGACUUAUAUUAUAGGCCUGUAGGCCCAUCGGUCUCGCCCAUGAGGCUGUCUAGACCUAUAUAUACUCCUUGCCAUCUCUCUUGAGAGUUUAUGCUCUCAGAUCCCUAAGAUACGUAACAUGGUACCAAAGCUAUGGAUUAGGGUUAGGAUUAGCCUCAUCUAAUUCACCCACGAUCCAAUUUUUUUUCUUGGGAUCCUUUCCUCUGCUUUGUGCGGCCCAUCGUCACGCCUCUGCUUUGUGCGGCCCGUCAUCGCGCCUUCGUCGUUCGCCGUCCGCCGUCGCCUUCGUCGUUCGCCGUCCGCCGUCUGCGCCUUCGUUGGCCGUGCGUCUCCGCGAGAAUCACGCGCGGACCCGGUCACGCGGAUCGCAGGGGGCUUCACACGAGGACCCGGUCCGUCCACGCGGAUCGCGGGGGGGCUUCACGUGCACGCGUGGACGUCCGCCGUCGCGCGAGUCGCGCCUUCUAGUGCGGACCCGACCCGUCGCGCGCGGCCCGUCUCCUUCACGCGGACGCGACGGUCGCGGUCUUCACGCGCGGAACCCGGACGCGACGCGCGGUCUUCCACGCGCGACACUCCACUGCAUGCGCGGAUCAGAUCGCAGGGCGACUUCUUUCGGGCGACUUCUUCAGUCUUCGUGGCUGUCUUCGUGGAACUCUCCUGUCUUCUCAAGAACGGAGUUCUGCUCAGUUUGCGGUGAUAUCCCUCUCACUUCUUCGUCUUCAACUGCUAGUGCUCAGAUUCCAUCAUGUCUCAGUCUCAGUCUCAUCAUUCUGCUAUUGUUAUCAACAUCACACUGGAUGGUUAGAACUAUUUAGAGUGGGCUUUUACUGUUGAAACUGCGGUCUUUAUUUUCAUUUGACUGAUGAUCCACCAACUCUUAAGUCUGAUAAUAGUAAUGCUGCUGCUAUCAAAACUUGGGAAAUCAAUGAUGGGAAAGUCAUGGCUGCUAUGGUUAACAGUGUUAAACAAACCAUGAUUAUGAGCCUGCGCAAGUUUAAGCAAGCCAAACCUAUGUGGUCUUAUCUGAAGGACCGCUAUGUCCAGGAGAGUGGUGCUCGUCAACAUACUCUUAUGCGGCAGCUUCAUGUUAUUGAACAGAAAGACAUGUCCAUUGAUGAGUAUUAUUCUGCCUUUGAUCGUUUGAUGGGUUCUUUGAUUUCCAUGGUGCCUCAGUGUAUAGCAGGUCAGAACUAUACAGCACUCUCAUUUAUUGAGCAGUUCCUUACCUACAGAUUUGUCAUGGGAGUGAAGGCAGAGUUUGAUUCUAUCCGUACCAGAUUACUUCAUACUUCCUCUACUCUGACCAUGGCAAAGGCAUUGUCUGAACUGCUUGCUGAAGAGACACGUCUUCAGGCUCUGUCUACUGUGCCUAACCCUCACAGUGUGUUGGCAGCUUCUCAUCAGCGGACUACUGCAUUAAAAGAACCCUGUAAGCAUUGUGGAAGGACUAAUCAUAGUUUAGAUAAUUGUUUUGCUAAGCAUCCAGAGAAGCUGGCUGACUUUCGUGCUCGUCAUGCUGCUCGUGGUCGUGGUACUUCUUCCACUCCUAGAGGUUCAGCUAGUGGCACUGUUUCUGUGGCUGCUUCCUCGACUGUUGGUACUCCCUCGUCCUGGGUGCUUGAUUCUGGAGCCUCCUUUCACGUGACAUCUGAUCAGUCCCAGUUGGUUGCAUGCAAGCCGGUCACUGAUGGCACUUCCAUUCAGACAGGUGACGGUACUUCUUGUCAUAUUACUCAUCAGGGUUCACUUUGCAAUAAUUAUUUUUCUGUACCAAAUGUUUCCUAUGUACCUCAGUUGUCUAUGAAUCUUCUGUCAGUUGGUCAAGUUACCGACCAGACAUUUUUUGUUGGCUUUGAUGACUCAUCUUGUUUUAUUCAGGACCGUCGCAGCGGGAAAGUGAUUGGGACUGGCCAUCGCCGUAAAGGUUGGUCCACGAUAUAAUCUUCGAGAUCGUAGCUCUAUUCAUCCUGCAGACAAGUAUGGUUUUCCUCAUGUCAAUGCUAUUGUUGAUGAGCCAUCCACUUAUCAAGAAGCUGCUUGUAUUCCCGAAUGGCAGCU